AUGAAAUUGGAAGAUAGCCGUUCCAAUGAAGGUGUAUCGAGGAAGAGGAAAAGAAAAAGAAAUAAGACGGGUGGCGAAGAAACAAACGGAAAUGUUUUAGAUAAGGAAAAAGAGGUAGAGUUGGUGAAAUCUAGGAGAAACAAGCAAAUUAAAUUUAGCGAUGAUGUUGAUGUUGAUGUUGAUGAUGUUGCUGGUGCUGGUGAUGGUGCUGGUGAUGGUGAUGGUGAGACGAAAGCGGUAGCGGAGCCAGAUAGUUGCGACACAACUACUGACAAAAAUGUUAUAGUUGCCAAAUUUCAAAAAGUAUAUCUGAAUCUGAGUUCAUUUGCAAAAAACCGGCAUCAUCAUCAGAAGAAGAAGCCGUUUAAGAUUGUCAAAUAUACCGAGGAAUCAGAAGAAUCUGACUCUGAUGCAAAUAACAAGUUCGAUUUCCAACAAAGCAACUUGCAAUUACUGGAAAGAGCCGCAUCUCUACUCACCAUACGACAGAAACUUCCCAUUUUCCAACAUAAAGACGAAAUUAUGAAAUUCAUUCUGCAAAAUCAAGUAACGAUAAUUGUUGGUGAGACGGGUUCAGGAAAAUCAACCCAAGUGCCCCAGUUCCUCAUACCUAAGAAUUCUAAAACUAUCGCUGUCACGCAACCAAGAAGAGUUGCUGCAGCUUCGUUGGCUGCAAGAGUAAGCGAUGAAUAUGGAUGCAAGUUGGGUUCGGAGGUGGGGUACCAGGUCAGAUUCACCAACGUGAGUAAUGACAAAACUAAGUUGAAAUACCUUACUGACGGUAUGCUAUUACGAGAGAUAAUGCUAGACCGUGACUUGAAUAGAUAUACUACUAUAAUUAUAGAUGAAGCUCAUGAAAGAACUAUUUUAACUGAUUUAAUUAUGGGAUUUCUAAAGUCAUUAGUAUUGUCAGGGAGGCGCAAAGACUUGAAAAUUGUCAUAAUGUCUGCCACUUUAGAUGCAGAGCUUUUCAGCAAUUUCUUUUCCGAUGCACCAAUCCUAUACGUGGAAGGGAAAAUGUUCCCUGUAACACAGAUGUAUAUAAAUAGCGAAGGCGUUGAAGACGUCGUGGAUUGUAUGAUACGAUCGAUCAUUAAAGUGAAUUUGACUGAACCAGAAGGUGAUAUCCUAUGUUUCUUAGCGGGGCAAGAGGAAAUUGACAAUUGUGUAAAGACAUUAGACCAGAUUGCGCCUCAGCUCCCACGAGAAGCGCCCUUGAUUGUUGCUUUGCCCUUGUAUGCGGCAUUAUCACCUAGCCAUCAACUGAGAGUUUUUGCAAAUCUUCCAAAGGGACGAAGAAAAGUGAUUCUCGCUACGAAUAUUGCAGAAACUUCCAUCACUGUUCCUGGUGUAAAAUAUGUAAUCGAUUCGGGAUUGCGCAAGGUUAAACUAUGGAAGCACGCUUUGGGAUUGUCUACGUUGCUAACGACUCCAAUCUCACAAGCUUCAGCAAAACAGAGGGCAGGUAGAGCAGGAAGAGAAAGCGCGGGGAAAGUGUUUCGGUUGUAUAAAGAGUCAGAAUAUCAAAAACUUCCCAAACAGCAGGAGUCAGAAAUACAGAGAAACGAUAUAAUUUUACCAGUACUAACAUUGAAAAAAAUGGGUAUAGAUGACUUGUUGAAUUGGACUUGGUUGGAAAACCCAGGACAAGAAUCUAUCUUGAGUGCUUUGAAUACUUUAUACACUCUAGGUGCAUUGAGUGAUGUUGGAAAGAUUACCACUUUGGGGUUGAAAAUGAGUGUUUUGCCGUUGCCCCCACAAUUGUCGGUAGUAAUGAUAACUGCUUUUGAGAUGGGCUGUAUAUCAGCCGUAAUAGACAUUGUUUCUUGUCUUUCUGUGGACAAUUUAAUUCUCAACGUUACUGGUGAGGCUAGGGAUGAGAUGAAUUUCAAAAGAAGAUCAUACUGCCCCAAGGGAAAUACUUAUGGAGACUUGAUUGCACUAUAUGAACUCUUUAAAAAUUAUAAAUCUCUAGGAAAGGAAUGGUGUCAAGAGUUGAUGCUCAAUUACAAAGGGUUUAGAAACGUAGAAAAGAUCAAAAGCCAACUUGAAGAGUAUAUGCUUGCCAUGAUCAAGCAGGAUGAAUUAUUAUCGAAUGAAGAUAAAGACAAGAGAUUAACAUCAUUAAGAGCGCAACUAGAUGAUGAUGAUGAUGAUGAUGAUGAUGGUGGUGGUGGUGAUAGAGAAGAGAAACUAUUGGAUGUAACAGCAAUAUUGAAGUCGUUCCUUAAAGGUUUCAUUACAAAUACUGCAGUGGGUAUGCCUGAUAGAUCCUUUAGGACUCUCAAUACUGGACAACUAAUCAGCAUUCACCCUUCAUCCCUCUUAUUUGGCAAGCCAAACUUAGAUGCUAUCAUGUACAUUGAGUAUGUGUUUACUACCAAAAGUUACGCACGUAACUGUUCGGCCAUCGAGUUAUCAUGGAUACAAGAAGUUGCUCCACAUGUUAUCAGUGGUAACAAAAUUAGUAUUAAUGAAGAAUAA